AUGUUCGCUUUGGUAAAAGGUCGUGGUCGCAGCGUGUUCGCCUCUCGCGAUGCAGUUAUUUAUCUUUUUAACACAUUUCGAUUUGUGGGUCUGAGUCCACCGCCUCGCUGCCGUUUACUGUACUACUGCUAUAGCAGUAUUAUAACGCUUUUAGUCGUCUUACUUUCGCCGUUCAUCUUCAAUAUUGGGUGGAUACGUGAUAGAAAUAUCUUAUCGGUAAUGGAAAUCCUAAAUUGCGUCCAAGCGGCCCUCAACGUCAUCGGCGUGCCAAUUAAGAGUAUCACACUGGCUUUGUCAUUGGAUCGUUUACGCAGUGUUGAACCUCUAUUGUCGAAGUUAGAUUCACGCUACACCGAACCCGAGGAUUUGGCUAAGAUACGAAGCUGUGCAAUCACUGGCAAUCGCAUUCUAUUCGGCUACAUUAUCUCAUAUAUGAUGUACGAAACAUUGACGGUGGUUUCGGCAUUGUUGGGUGGCCAUGCGCCGCUAACCUUGUAUAUUCCAUAUGUGGAUUGGCAUCGCUCAGGCUGGGAGUAUUGGUUGCAAGUUAGCUUCGAUGGCGCUAUGCUCUUCUUUCUACUAUUCCAUCAAAUACUUAAUGACUCAUAUCCAGCUGUAUAUAUUUAUAUUAUACGUACACAAGUACAAUUGUUGGCGAAUCGCGUCAAGCGCUUGGGUACUGCAAAUAAAAGCCAGGAGGAGACAUAUCUUGAGUUGCAGGAUUGCAUUAUAACACAUCAGGAGAUAUUAAGAUUGGUGAGCGUCGUGGAACCGGUUAUAUCUUUAACGCUGUUUGUCCAGUUCUUCAUCGCUGCAGCUAUCUUAGGCACGACCAUGAUAAAUAUCUUCAUUUUUGCUGAUUUUGCUACAAGAAUUGCCUCGGUUACUUAUAUGUUUUGUGUACUGCUGCAAACGUCUCCCACUUGCUACUACGCUACUCAUUUGCAGUCGGAUUGCCAGCAGCUUUCUAUGUCGAUUUUUCACUGUAAUUGGCUUGCGCAAGGCAAACGCUUCAACGCAUUGUUGCUAUAUUUCUUACAUCGCUCACAGGCGGAUAUACCGUUGUUCGCUUUGAAGUUAGUGCCAAUUAAUUUGUCUACAAGUGUCUCAAUUGCAAAGUUCUCAUUCACUCUUUAUACAUUUAUACAAAAAAUGGGAGUGGGCAAGAAUCUGAAGUAACAAAAGACGAGACAUAAUGUCUGAGCUACCUUCACCAUUGCACUUUGUUGACUAAAACUGUAAAUGUAAUUUAUAGUGCACUUCAGACGUACUUCAAUUGGUUAUUUCAUAACUGCGAUUAAUUUUAUUCAGUCCAAAGUCCGCAAAAGCUUAAGAUAUGACACCUUAUUUUAAUAAAUUUGGAAACAAACAUAUUUUUGAGAUCGAAGGCAGAAAGAGGCGCUGGGAGCCACGCUAGUGACACGUUACAUUCAUUCGAUUGUGAGCUCGCAAGACACUCAUUUUGCAUUGCAUUACCUACCCAAAAAUUAUGUCAAACACCUUCCAAAAUUAUUUUGUGCUUUUUUUAAUCAAACAAUAUGUAGUAGUUCCACAACCGUUUUCAAAGAUUUUUCAAAACGUCGUCAAUUCAAAUCAUACAAGUAUAUCUCAUGAAACAGCUAACUAGCACCUUCUCAUAGAACC